AUGUCAGCUACCCGUCGGUUAUACUUUUUUAAUUUCUUACAUGUAAAAUCGCGAAAGAAUAACAUAAAUCGUAUAUCAGGUAGUGCGGAGUUAAUAGAGACGGAGGGCGUGUCGUGGGCGGCGCUGGAGGCGGCCGCAGUCCGCGCUGGGCUGUGGGACGCGCUCUUCUGCUGCCCCGCCGCACACGCGCCGCGCGCCCCCGCGCCGCACCUCGCUGCCGUGCUCAAAUCGACGGCUCCGAAACGCGCAUUUAUAGACUUGCGUCCGAACGCGCUGAUAACCGAUCGUCUGCCUACCCCGCUGUGGCUGCUCUUCUGUGCUUCCUUCUACACUUAUAGAGUUUUAAGAUGUAUAUUGGGACUGGGUACGCACGCCGACUGGCUUGAACGCAGAAGCCAGCUGACGCCAGCGCUGGAACAGCUCGCCGCGCUAGUAGACUGCGGUCAACUGACGCCAGCACUGGACAAGGUGUACCUACCCCAAGACUUCGAGGAGGCGUUAGCGCACGCCUGCAGCGACGACGCUGUCGGCACCACGGUCAUAAGAUUCCCCUAACUAGUUUUCUUACAAAACAGAAGAGAAGAGAACGUUCUAGAACACCGCCACCUAUUGUUAGAUCUCUAAGGUGCGUCAAUCAUGUGACUUAAGUAAUUUUGACCAUCAGUCUUUGUAUCUUAAGUAACUUUAGUAUCUUUGACCAUCCGUUGUAGUGACUUUGGUUACUUUGACCAUCGGUCGUGGUGACUUUGGUUACUUUUUUUUAAAAAAAUUGCAAAAAACCAGCGCUUGACCACUAUCCCACCUAGACCAAGACUUUGACUAUUGGUCGUAG